GCCAGAUGGGGAGCAGCGGGCGGCUGAGGGGGCCGGAAGUUGCUCAAGAAGGAGGAAGUCUCUCCCCAGCUGGGAGGCCUUCAGGAUGGAGAUGUCAGCCGAGGGCCCUCUCCCAACCACACCCUGGGAGAGGAAGGGGAACUCCACUGGCCAGCAGAUUGCUCAGGGCGCCCCGAGAGCGGCCGCUAAGGAACAAGAGCCCCCCGGCUCCUGGAGGUGGGCCGCCCCCUCCCCGGGAGGCUCCAGGCUCCGUCUCCCGCUGCACUGGCCAGAUUUGGGGCUCGAGGGGCACAGGAGGGGGAGCUCUGCUGCCCACCGCGGCGGCCUCCAGCAGGUGCCCCCCCAGGGAUGUGGGGCUACCUGGCCCUGCUCCCGAUCGGCCUGGCAGUGUGGGCUAUAGUUGGGGUCUGGACGAUCUUUGCCGUGGCAGUGUCCAACAAGUCUGUGAACCUCACAGAGGGCUUUCCCUACAUCAGAGCUGCAUAUUCGGCCAGCUUCUGAACGUCGGGGCGGUCAUGGUGGCCUGGAUCUGCGUUCUCCGCUACCUCCAGCUCCGGGAAUGGGGUGUCCCCAAGGGUCCCAAUCGGCUGUGUCUGGGGCUGGGCUUCCUCUGUGCCUUGGGGGCCUCCUUCGUGGGCAACUUCCAGCAAAGCAAUGAGCUCUCCAUGCAUCUCUUUGGAGCCUUCCUGGCCUUCGUGGUAGGGGUGGCCUACUUCUGGACCCAGCUGGUUCUGCUACGCCAGGCCAAGCCUGAGGCCCAGCCAGGCGCCCCCUGGAUCGAGACCCUGCGCCUGCUGCUUUGCGGGGGCUGCACCUUCCUCAUGGUGGCCAUGGUGGUGCUGCACUUGAGGUCGCUCCGGUCUGCGGCCGCCGUAUGCGAGUGGUCCAUCUCCAUGCUCUUGUUCAUUCUCUUCGGCCUCCUGGCGGUGGACUUCUCCCACCUGAGCGGCCUGGUCCUAAGCUUGCAGACCAGGCCCACAUCGUGUCCCCCGAGUACUGCCAGCCUGGCGUCUUUCUAGCUCCCCUUGUGUACCGCAGCCCCUCCCUCACCUCCACCCUGCCUUGGUCUGGGUCCUUGGACCACUGAACUCUGACCCAAGCCUGGGCCAAGCGCGGCGAGUGGCAGCAAGACAUUGGCUCCUUGUCCUCUCCUGGGGGAGGGCUUUGCCCUCUGACCUGGCCACAGCUGCCUGGUCUAGCCACCAGAGGCCAGGCUCCGCCACAAGGGGCUGUCUGGGCAUGGUGGGGCCAUCUAGAGACCCCAGGAGGGGCCCUGGGCUCCCCAGUGACCGCUCAAGGAGGAAGGAGGCAAGAGGCAGGAAGCAGAAGGC